AUGAGCGCGACCUACAACCUUGAGCCGAAUCCGACCGCGAAAGUUCUCCUCCAUACCACUCGCGGCGAUCUUGAGAUCGAACUUUUCGCGAAGCAAACGCCCAUCACCUCGCGCAACUUUCUACAGCUAUGUCUCGACGGCUACUAUGACAAUACCGUGUUCCACCGCCUGGUGAAGGGCUUCAUCAUACAAGGAGGAGACCCAACCGGUACCGGUCAGGGCGGAGAGAGCAGCUUUGAUGGCGAACCGUUUCAAGAUGAGAUGCAUAGUCGGUUGAAGUACACACGGCGAGGUUUGCUGGGAAUGGCAAACACCGGCAAGAAGGACGACAAUGGCAGUCAGUUCUUUUUCACCCUGGCUGCAACGCCAGAGUUGCAAGACAAGAACACCAUGUUCGGCAGGAUUGCGGGAGAUACCAUCUACAACCUUAUGAAGAUGGCCGAGGCAGAGAUCGCGGAGGGUAGUGAGGAUCGGCCGAUGUACCCAACCAAGGUCACAGGGUCUGAGAUCAUCCUCAACCCAUUCGAAGACAUGGUCAAGCGGGAGAGGGUAGCGCAGCGGACGGGGCCUGAAGCUAAGAAGAUCAAGAAGCCGAAGAGGAAGGCUGGAAAGAACGUGCUGAGCUUCGGUGGAGAGGAAGGAGAGGAUACAGCGCCUGUGUUGAAGAAGGCCAAGUUCAACACCAAACUGGUCAGUGCUGGGGAGGAACAGGCUGCGGCUUCAAGCGACCCACCCAAGACGAGAGUUCCCGAGUCAAAAGCCAUACCCAUUCGCAAGCCUUCUCGAAAAUCACCGUCAAGAACACCAUCUCCCAAACCAGCAAAAACAGCGCCAAGAUCGCCACCUCGGGAAAAGGCGCGCUCGCCGCCACGAGAGCUAUCACCAGAGUCAGAGAAAAAGUCAAAGAUGGACCGCGUCAAUGCACAAAUUGCCGAGCUCAAAGCCUCAAUGAAGCGCAAUACCGGCCCGCAACACGCAGAGCAGACAAAGAAGAAAUCGUUGCUAGAGUCUAUGGUCCCAACAUCCACAACUCGUGGGCGGAAGCGCGGCGCUGGUGGCAAUGCUGCUCAGGAACAAGCUACACUCGAUAUUUUGUCGAAAUUCAAGUCGAAGCUAGAAGCGACAGAGCCUGCGGCGGCACCGAAGGACAAGUUAACUGUGGCGUCAGAGGACGUUGAGAUGAAAGACGGCGCUACCAAUGGACGCAAGGUGGAUGAGGAGGACGAGGCAAUCUGCGAUCUGCACUUUAUUGCAGGAUGUCAGUCAUGUAAAGCAUGGGAUAAGGAGGAGGAGGAAGAGUCAGAUGAUGACGCCGGAUGGAUGUCACAUUCCCUGAGCUUCGCAAAGGACAGGCUAGGGAAAGACCUGGAGUGGAAGAGGAAGAACGAGGAGGAACUACUUGUGAUCGAUCCGCUAGAAGAAGCAAAGCGACACAAGGCCGAUGCAAAAGGGAAGCGAGAGUGGGAUGGCGGGAAGGAUAAGAAGAAGCUGAAGGUAUGA